UGAACUGGGACAGCAAGCGCACCUCUUACAGUGUAUGUGUGGCAACAACAUGUCUGUGCCGCUGCUCGCCGAGGCUGUGACGGUGUCUGGGAAGGAGAAGGAGACCGCGGCGGUGAUCUUCCUUCAUGGGCUGGGUGACUCAGGGCAUGGGUGGGCACAGGGUUUGAUGGAGAUCCAGCUGCCGUACGUCAAGAUCAUUUGCCCCCAUGCACUUCCGAUGCCCGUCACUCUCAACAUGGGAGCGAGGAUGCCCGCGUGGUUCGACCUCAUGGGUCUCUCCCUACACAGCCAGGAGGAUGAAGUAGGAAUCAAGAAGGCAGCAGACAACAUCAAGGCCAUAAUUGACCAUGAGGUCAAAAAUGGGAUUCCCCCGAAUCGCAUAAUGCUCGGUGGCUUCUCUCAGGGUGGGGCCUUGUCCUUGUAUACCGCCCUGACCUGCGAGCAUCAGCUGGCCGGCGUUGUGGCCCUCAGCUGCUGGCUACCACUUCACCAGACCUUCCCAUCGGCGUCCAGCGGCAACAAGAACACCCCGAUCUUGCAGUGCCACGGUGAGAUGGACCCAUUGGUUCCGCCGCAUUUUGGUCAUGCAACGUCACAAAAACUCAAAGCCAUAAUCGACCCUGCGAUGGUCACCUUCAAAACCUACCCAGACAUGCUACACUGCUCCUGUCCUCAGGAGAUGGCGGCUGUAAAGGAAUUUAUGGAGAAGUGUUUGCCCCGAAUCUGACGUCACCUCAUCCCCACUUUGACCCCCUGAGACACUGACCUCUCACCCCUGAUCUGCCAUUCUCCCACAGGAAACAGCCAUGAGCACCCCCUCUUCCACACACAUCGGCAAGAUAACACACACACACAUACAUAUACACACAUACAUACAACAGUCAUGAUGAUUUGAUCCACACUGCUAAAGCAAACACACGCUUCUCCAUGCAAAUCCAACAACACUCACACUGAAAACAGAUCCGUCAAACACCGAUUGGAUUUUAACAUCAUUAAGUGCUCGCACUCACACAUCUUAGCCUUUUGGAGGGAGAAACACUGACACACUAUACAUUCCCUUUGGUUUUUUUUUUAAACAGCCUCUGUCUGUCGCCUCCACGCCACCUCAGUUUUGUCGCAUUUUGCUUCAUCUUUACCUCCAGCUGUCACAUCCUCCGUGCUUCCUCUGCCACGCUUUCCCCUCUGACAUCGCUGUGCCGGUUCGUAAGGCAUUUAGUGGAAAUAAGAUUGAGUCGGAUGAGCGGGUUAUUUUCUGUCGGUGACCAAACUAAAGCGCAGUCAGACUGGAUUCCCAAUCGUUUCUAUGUGGCGAGACACGUUUGCUUCUCGUCCCAAAUUGACCUCCUUUUUUUUGAUUCGAUUCAGCUUUUACGCACAAAAUCUUGACACUCUCCGAUGUCCAGCCAGUUCAGGAGAAAAGGUGGGAUUGGCUUCUCAUUGGUUGUUCAGUCUUUCUUUAAAGUUAUGAAUUUAUAAAGAUCCCAAUAAGCUGAUCAGCUACUCCUCCUGAGGUUCACACAAAACAUAAAAGACCUGAAACAGAUUAGACACAGACAAGACAAACAAUUGAAACUAAAAAUCAGAAAAAAAGUAUAACAAACAAUCUCUUGAUCUCAGACAUGUUAUGCAUUAACAUUAUUCACACUGUUAUUCAACCAUUUUAAAGUACUUAUUAAUAUACACCAAUAUAAUACAUAUAAUACAAGCAGCAGCAGAGAAAGGAUACUUGAUUGAAUGCAAAGACAGUGAAAAAGUUUAAAGACAGUAAAAUGUUAAAAUCACAGACUGCAUAAAAGAAGUGGAUGUAGACAUCGUGCCGUUGUGGACAUCCGUUUUAAAGCCUUGAGGUGCGCCGGGCUUUGAAAUUCGAAAUUGCAUCAUGGCCAAGUGCAAUAUCCAAAUGGCAGGAGCUGAGCUAUGCAUCUUUUUUUCAGUGAAAAUGAGAUGCAAAAAAUAAAUUCCCACUAAAAUAGUCUAUGGUUUUAUCAAACUUUUUAUCGUCUUUAAACUUUGUCACUGUCUUUGCAAUCACUCAAGUGUCCUUUCUUUGCUGCUGCUUGUUUUACACGUAUUAUUCUCAUUAAUAAAUCUGCCUUCUGUCAAAACAAUCACAAUUUUAUUUUAUUUUUUGGAUAACGUGGGGCCUUUAAUUUACCAUUGGAGUCGCCCCCUGCUGGCCAUUAGAAAGAACACCCCUCCAUUAUUUUAUACAGUCUAUGGAUAAAUCCAUAGCUGCACUUUUUUUGUCCUCUACUGAUUUUUUCUUCUACACCACAUGAAAAAAUUACACCAGUUCAGUCUUGACUGCAGCUCCAAUCCAGCGCUCGAGUCCCACCGAGUCUGACUCGGCUGGUUUCCUUCGUCCCAUCCAUUCCACCGCCUUCCACCCCGUGACUUGAAGCCUGUCUGGGUCUUGUAUCACUAAUUUACCUUCCGAUUAAAGCACCAACAUCCAUAAAAGUAUUACAGUAUUUCUUUUUUUUAAUGAGUGUGAUUAAAUAUUAAUUAUAUGAAGAAAAUCCAGUUGAAAUAAAACAAAUCAAUCAAUGCUUUUGCCACCCUGUGCUGUUUAUUCAAAAACCUCCACCCCUGCAUGCUCUGUUUCUGCUUUAUGGGAUUCUUUAUGUUAAAUUACCUCAAUGUCUUUUUUUUAGUUCAGUAAGAGUGAAGGCUUAAAGGUUAAUGAAUGAGUUGCAUGAAAUAAUGGUUGCAGGCCUGCACAGACUGCACACCAUGAGUCACUUCACUGUUCCUCCCACCGACUCGUCCUCUUUUUCCCAAUUCAAAUGCUCCUGUUUCAGCAUCCGUCACCACAUUAACAGCCUCCUCUCCAUUACUCCCGAUUCAUUUUUAAUGGUUUUGUUUGUUUCCUGGGAAAAAUUGUUUCCUCUGUGUCUUCUUCCACAACACCAAAGCAGUUUCGACCAUUUAUUCCCAAGAAAAUGUAAGAAAACAUCAUUCUACUCCCUCCUCUGGCAACUUACUGUAACCCACUAAUAGGAUAUAAAAGGUCAGAAUUAAAGUUAAACCCAAUGCUAUUAUAGUUCACUUCUUUAAAUAAAUUGUAAAAAAUGGCUAUACACUGGGAGGGCUUUGGCAAGAAGCUGUUCCAACAUAACUGAAGGGU